AUGAGGACUAUACAAGACCAUACGGGACUGUUCGAAUUUACAGUGGAGCAGCUUAAAAUAAAAUGGGCUAACUUGACCAGGAAGUACAAGCUACUUAUCACCCCGCCCACUGGAGGUGCCACGGAGAAUGGUGAGACAACACCAGGCGAUUGGGAAUAUUUCGAUCUACUCCACGAAUUCAUGUCAUCACAACACACCAUCAAUCCUCCGAUUGUUAUCAACAGCUGUGGAAUUGUAGUGGAGAAUUCCAAUAACAAUUUCCCCAAUGAUGACGAGUUACAUGUGGCGGGGCCGUCCAAUGUUAAUCCAGAUGGAUCCAAUGUUUCAAGUCCUGAGACAGCAACGCAGAGUCCAGAAAGUAUGGCUGAACAAUCCAACAGGAAACGGAAGCGAAACCGAUAUACACAGCAGGACAUGUUUGAAUUUUUUGUCGAAGAGUCGAAGAGGAAAAAAAAGGAAGGGAGAAAGUUCUUUACGCUACUGAAGUCUAUCGCCGGAGCUCAAAACAUCGAGUUGCCAAACAUGGACUCAAGUUCCUCCGACUCAGAACCAGACUUUUAACCAAAUCGUAUGUCCUGUUAUGCACAUUGGUUACG